UUUGUCUCCAUUAAUAAUUCACCUCCCUAGAACAAGCUGCUCCUUGUAGUGGAAACUCCAUUCAACCGAUUGAAGUCUGCAUUUUAUUUCUUUGUGUUUUGUUUCCUGUUGAUUUCUUCGUGUAAUCUGCCCCCCCCCUACCCAAUUGUUUUUUUUACAGAUUUCGAUAUCCAGUGAGUGAUACACAUUUUUAUCAUUGUCGAUUUACCCACAAUUCCGUCUAGCAGUCGAACAACAGACUUCAAAAGGUUCAGUAUGUAGAGCAUACAUUCACUACAGUAUGUGAAUAUAUAUAGUUAUAUAUAUAUAAGAAUUAGAUCGAUACAGAAAUUCCAAAGAUCCUUAAGCUUUCUCGCAGUUUCCUUUGGAAUUUUCCAUUUGUAAAAAAAAAGGACUCUUAACAUCUUAAGAGUCUCCGUUCAAGACACGUUAUUCUGUUUCGAGCACUCUUCACCGCUACUUGCUAUUGGAUACUAAGCUUAGCUGAGGCGCUGAGACGGGUAUAUAACAGGUGGCAGAAGGUAUACAGCUCAAUAUUAUUCAGCAAUGUCAGACAGUCAGUCGGAUGAUCACCAACUGAGUCAAACAGAAAUGAAUAUCUUAAAGGAGAAUACAGUAAGGGGAGCGUCAGACAAUGAAAACCGAUAUCUAUGGUUUAUCGUCGGUGGCUCUGUCGGCCUGGUUAUAGCUACUGUCUGUAUUAUUACUGUGUGGUUGUACUUCAGGCGAAAAUCGAGAAAUCAUCUAAAAUCAUCAGAAUCCCCUUCUUAUUCAACUCAGGAAAUCUGUCACAACGGAAUUUUGGCAUCUUCUGGAUCAGAAGAAAUCAGCGACCGCGGACGGAGCUGGAACGUGGCGCCUUAUUCACGUGAAGUUGGUCUCUUUCAAUCGGCCUCUAUCGAUGUGCCAAGCACUUUUCGAACAAGCUCCGAAAGUAUUCAGCCCAAAGCGAAGUUAUCUCGUUGGAAUACUGUAGGAAUUACACAUUAUCAGCCAACCAUUAUUGGAACAGUUCAACCAGAUCUCUACAGAAAUAUCCAAGACGAUGAGCUGGUGGAAUCUCCUUUUCCGAACGGUCGAAUAUGGUUCUCUAUACUUUACCACGAAGAAGAUCAAAUACUAGAAGUGACCCUCGUUAAAGCGAAGAAUUUACCAGGACGGAAUCCAAACCAGACACCCAGGGAUCCUUUUGUUAAGCUCUACCUUCUACCUGAUGAGGAGAACUGUCAACAAUCGAAAGUUCGCAGGCGGACCCUAAAUCCCAAGUUUCAUGAAACCUUCAAGUUUUCGGUAACUAAGGAGGAUGUUGCCGAUAGAACCUUGAGACUGGCUGUUUAUGACGUAGAUAAAAGAAAAGUUCGUCACUCUUUAGGUCACGUUCUUGUUCCAUUAGGAAAGAUCAACUUUCAUGAUGACAUAGUCAACUGGAGAAAUUUGGAGCCCACUACUCAAAAUAACAGUUCUUUGGGAGAGAUUCAAGUAGGCCUAUCCUGUAGCCCCUUUAACAGCAGAAUUAAAGUGGUGGUGGAAAGAAUUCGAAAUAUCAUUGGGAUAGACAGUGGUGAAGCAGGGGUUUUUGUGAAAAUCCAGCUGUUCCAUGGACGAAAGAUGAUGAAGACCAAACGGACAUAUCUUUAUCAUACAAACAGUAAUGACAGCGAGAUAAUCGUUAAUGAACAGUUCAACUUCGUCGUUUCUGAUCGGUUUUUUGAUGCCUGUAGUUUUGGCAUUACCGUUUACUUGGCAGGCCCCUCCCCAUUAAUCAGAGAUGAACCCUACGGUAAAGUUGUGGUUGGGUCAUUUUUGUACGCUCGAGGAGAGCAACUUCUUCAUUGGCAAGAAAUGCUGACAAACCCUCGAAACCAAAUUUCGAAAUGGCAUAAUCUCGAAUCCAUAACUAGUAAUUAAGUAAUGUAGUAAAAUGUAGAACUGUCACAAUAUCUUUACUCUGAAACCAUGAUAACAUAAUAUAUUUCUUUAUCAUGUAAACAAACACGGUUUAACAUUUCUUCACAAGGUAUCUGGUGACGUUGCUCAAUUACCUGUUAAGUUUGAGCUUAAACGCAAAACAUAAGAGGUCAAAUUACAUCUAUCAUUAUAGAAUGAUAUACUAGACGUAAAGAAGGUUACAAAUAUAAACAAGAGCAGUUGAAUCUUGCAGUGAAUAUAGGUGUACGUAGUCAAAAACUGUAUUUGAAUACUACACACUUUCUAAGCAUAUUCUAUAAAAACUCAAACAAUAUAAACUUUUACUUCUAAAAUGUAAAUAUUUUCGGAAACCUUAACAAUUAGUCAUAGAUUUUGAAUUUAACAACGAUAUACAACACGCUAAUUAAACAAACAUGCACAAAUAACAAUGAUAUUUUUAGGUGACGUUAUUGAAGUACUUCAAAUAAAUUAAAUAAUAAUGUAUUAAAUAUGUAUUUGUCAAUUAUGUUUCAUAUUUUCUUAUAGAUUUAUCCGUUUUACAAAAUCUUGUCUAAAAUUACAUUACACGUUUUCUAUUACUUUUGGGUUUUCGUAUAAAUAUUUAAAAAAUUAUCACUAGAGUUUAAGCACAAAUUAAUUCUAUUUUGCAUGUAUCUAAAAGCGAAUGUCUAUUUUCAAGUUGUAAAUGUUUCACGGUACACAAAGUUUCGAGUAAAUACUUCCUCCAUCUUCUUGUAUCAUCUGCCCCCUAGUGGCACAGCGGUAUGUCUAAGGACUUACAACGCUAGAAAUCGGGUUUCGCUACCCGUGGUGGGCAGAGCCAGAUAGCCCAUUGUGCAGCUUUGUGCUUAACUUUAAACAACCUUGUAUCGCCAUCUGUUUCCUGCUCUGUAAUAUAUUUCUAAAUUAAUUUUUUUCUUUUUCGCAGUGAAUAUGUCAAUAACAAUACCGCCAAUGUUUUUUUGCAAACAUGAAUUACAAAAUCAACAUUUUAUCACUUCCUAAAACUUUAAUAUUUUGUAUCUAGCAGAUCUCAUUCUUUUACAUGGAUAUUUUCUUGUAUGAUAAAUCGUAUUUACAAAUUCUGAAAAUGUUUACUUAAUGUUAUCAAACACUAGAGAUGGACAACGAAUUUUGAGCACUGCUUAUCGUGUAUUAGAGAGGUGUCGGACGUUCUUCCGCACCAAGCAUAGAAGAAUCGAUAUGAUUUCAAUAAGGUAUGAUUAACUUUUAUAGUUGGUGAAUGUCUGUGAAGAGGGAAAUUGACUUUGGUUCUGGCUUGCCAAGAGACCUUACAAUGUUUAAAUUGGAUUCAGGUCAGAUGACUGUAGAAGUAAACUCACCAUUGUACUCUGAGAAACAUCCUCGAGAUUCUGACGCUCCGGAUUGGAACACUAUCAUCUUGGAAGACGCCAUUUAUUGCGGUGCCAUAAUGCAUCACGAGCAACAUCUGGGGGUAUAAGAUGCAUAGCCCGUGGUAGUCAGUUUGCUAUUAAGGGGCUAAAAUCCGAGCGAACAGAAAGUAGUUUGCGCCAUUACAGAACCAUCUCCUCCUUUCAUUACUGGUACGAUGUAUUUUGAAUUCUACUGUUCAGGAGGAUACAUAAAUGCGACCUCACGCAAACCGAGUAAGAAAUAUGGGUUGCCAGAAAAUAUUACCUGAAUUCAUUGUCUAAGCUCCAGUUGCAAGGAUAACAACACUUGUAUUUUUCCGUUUGGAGUGAUUUAUGAAUACGCUAUACUGUGUGACCGUAGUUUGUUCAAUUUCUCUGAUAUAUAAUACUUCGUGUCUUCUUCGCUCAAUGUGCCAGAACUCUGUGGUUUCUGUCGUUUAGGGCUUUCGGUCGCCCACUGUUGCAUUUCGCUGUUGCUUUCCUAGGUGAUUUUCAUAUGGCCACCACAUCCAAAACUUUACCACGAGCUACACUAACAUUUUCCAUAAUUUCCGUGACAGAAACCUAUGAAAUACGUACUCUUACAAUCUUACUUACUUGGGAUUCUGAGGGAUCUUCGUGUUUGCAUUCACUGUGCAGAUAUGAAAUAGCUUAGCCUAUGUAACCAAGGACCGAGAGUGGGCUAGUGUUUAGCGUGCCUGAACUGUGAUUACGACAAUUCAAAUUUCAUGUUCUGUUGCUGCAAAAAUGCGCUCGUCACUUUGGGGCCGUGGGUGUGUAAUAGAAGUGACAGUAAAAUUACACCAUUCGGUCAUACUAAACUAGCCCACUUCAAAAUUAAGUAAGGCUAUGCGCAAGUAUCCCUUUGUAUAGCUUUGUGUAAAAAUUCUAAAACAAACAUGCCAAGUGUAUACAAAGUUUUACUAGCCCCUGGACAACAUUUGCAUGUACAAAUAGCCUUUAUCUUCGCAUAAAUUGGCUUAAUUGUGAAAGCAUUUGCUCAGUUCAAUUUUUGUUUUAGGCCUAUCUCUAUCUUUAACUGUAUCUUAAUGGUGUAGUGUUAUUAUUAAAAC